AAAGUUAAAGAAAGAAACUAGAAAUUUAGCAGUGUAGUCUACUUACUGACUACUUGAGUCGAAAGUCGUCGACAAUCGUGGCAUGUAUGGACGGACCGUGUCUAUAAUCGUCGCUCCGUAUAAAUGUAUAGUGUCAAAUUAACCAUGUUGAAACGCAUAUUUGGCAUCGUAGAAAUCAAUUGAAAAUAAUAAAAAAUGGUGUCAUUAAUAAAAAAGCAACUAUUGAAACAUUUAUCAAGGUUUACCAAGAACUUAUCAGCUGAUAAAAUAAAUUUAAGUGCAUUUAAAGGUGAAGGCGAACUGACAAACUUAGAACUUGAUGAAAUAGUUCUAACUGAUUUGUUAGAAUUGCCGUCAUGGCUUAGAUUAACAAAUGCUUGGUGCAAUAAAGUUUCAUUUCGUAUACAAUGGACCAAAUUAAGAAGUGUUCCUAUUUUCUUGAGUUUAGAUGAAGUUCAUAUAGAAGUAGAAACAUGUGAAGAUUUGAGAGAUUUAUCUUCUCCGCAAGGGCUUUCUUCAUAUACUGGUCCUGCAAAAUAUUCUUUUAUACAUAAAGUAAUCGAUGGUAUAACAGUGACUGUUAAUACUGUAUCAGUUACAUUCAAAAGUCCUGCAUUCAUUGCUUCAGUUCAGAUGAAUCGCAUUAUUGUGGAAUCGAAAUCUGCAACAUGGCAACGGUGUGAUCUAAGGACUACUAGAGUGAAAGAUCCUGAUCGUGGACAGUUACUUAUUUUUAAAGAAUUAGAAUGGCAGACAGUUAGAAUAGAGGCACAAAGUACUAAAGAUAAGAACCUUACGCCAUUACGUUUACUUACGAAUCAAGCACGGUGUCGGAUUACUAUUAAAAAAAGAAUAUCAGAUUGUUUUGUUAUGGGAUCAAGACUGAUUCUUAUAUUAGAUGAUCUCUUAUGGGUUUUAACAGACUCACAGUUGAAAGCAGCACUUCAUUUUAUUGACUCUUUAGGUGGUUUGAUAGAAAAAGCUACAGUAUUAGAGCGUAAAACUAAAGCAGCUAGAAAAUUAGAGGUAUUGCCAGAGUAUCAAGCACAAAUAUCUCAACAAUCAAGGACAAAAAAUCAAUAUAAUACUGCUAUCUCUAAAAUUUUUACCAGAUAUGAUGUUGUAGAAACUUCAUAUCAUUUCCUUUGUCAAAGAAUUGAUUUACAUUUAUGUGAUGAUGCUGGUAAUGGUAGAUCCUCCCAUCCUGACUUAAAGGAUGGUGGUGCACUGCAAAUUUCAUUAGUUAGAUUUCAAGUUGAUUAUUAUCCAUAUCACUUAGCAAUGGCUGAUAGAAAACAUUGGGCUAAAUACAAAGAAAAUGCUACACCUCACAGCCAAUGGUUACAGCAAUCCUUAAGUUCUUUUCGAAGUCAGUUUAUGGAUCUCAUAGAUUCUGGCAGAACACAGCAUUCUCCUUUAACUAGGAGUCAAGGAAACAUUACAGUUAAUAAUACAAAAGGUUUAGGAGACAAUUCAGAAAAGGGUAAUCAGUCUCAAAAUAUAAACAUAACUGUUGAUGACAAAAAAAAGUCGCAACAUCCUAGUGGUAAUCCAGUGAAAAAUUACAUUUUGGAACAGCUGGCUAAGUUAAUGACAACAUGCAUUAUAAUAAGGAUAGAUGAUUUUACUUUAUACAAAGUAACCACAACGUCUCGUAAUCCUGUACCAAAAGAAUUUGUUAUGGCUCAAACAAGGAAGAAACAUGCAACAGGUGACAGAGACAAAUUUUGUCUUCCAGAAGAUGUUACAAUUGUUCAUGCUGAAUUUACAUAUUAUUAUUAUCCUGGAGAUAUUACAUUUCCAUUGCCACCACCAAAAUUUUAUGUACAACUGAAUCCUAUCCAAGUAAACUUUGAUGUCUGUUCCUGCUUAUGGUUUAAUUCAUUUGCAUUAAAUUUAUAUCAUUCUCUAAUGAAUAAGGAUAAACAAUCAACAUAUACUUCCACUAAUUUAAUGUAUUUUGAUGUGAAAAUCGAAGCUAUACUUCCAAGGGUAGUUUUUGAAAGCCAACAAGAUUAUCCUAAUCAGAAGGAUAGGCCAAAGUCUUUGCACAUACAGACGUCCAGAGCGUCAAUAACAAAUGUUCGAUCCGCAGAAAGAUCUUCAAGAGCAGAUUUAGCACAGUGUGUAAACGCUUUUCAAAUGGGACAGAUGUUUUUUGCUACAGACUUUCCAAAUAGAUUAAAUGAUUUUCAUAUUCUUACCGAUAAAUUUUUGGCACAUUGCGCAGGCACUGAUAAUAUUCGAUAUCCACCACCUAAUUUUAGCAGUAAUUCUGUAAAUGAAUUAGUUCGUCAAUUACACCGGGAGCUUUUAUGGACUGAAGCUAAAGACAUAUGGUGUUGUAAUUUGGAACCUGUUUGGGGAGAUUUUCUUGGUGCUCGUGCGGUCGGACAAAACCGACCUGUGCCGUUCCUUGAUGCAUUUCCUUUAACUCUAUGGUGUUACAUGUCUAUGAAAUCGUCAGAAAAAGAUUUAUCAGAAAAUAAAUCUACUGCUGACAUUCAUGGUCUUGCAUACAUAAGCAAUUUAGUUAGCGUCCAGAUAAAUCACUAUCAAUAUUUGUUCUUGUUAAGAUUAUCAGAAGUUUUAUCGGAAAUGGCAACGUAUCUAAAUAUUGAUUCUAAUAAAAUAUUAAAGGUUGAUUGUGGUAGUUCACUUGUUAUUGGUGCAUUGAUACCACAAGUAGAAGUAACAUUUGUCAUGCCGUCACAUACCCCUGGUAAAGAAAAUUCUGGAGGUGAUUUGGAAUCCGUUAUGCCAGAUUCAUCUAGCAUAGCAGAUGACAUUCCAGGUUCGUCUAUUCCAUGGCAAAGUACAGAACGAGUUGAGAGCAGUAGUAAAAAGAUUAAUAUAAAUAAUGAAACUAUAACACCACAAAGUGACGUAUCAUCAAUGUUGUCAAUGGAUUUUAUACAUUCUAGUAUACCUCAAACUGUUGUAACCUUUAAACAGAAUGGUACCAAUAAACACGAAAAUAAUAUACAGAUAAGAAAUGUAGCACACGAUAAAAGGUGCAUUGCUGUAGAGGAAGAGAAAUCAUUGCCCACUUUAAGAUAUACUGCUGAUGCUACAAAUAAGCAUAGCAAAGGAGAUUCGUCUUCAAAUACACCAUUCAUUCCUAAUAAUUUCAACGUUGGUCUCUCUUCUAUGAAAAAAGGAUUAAGUAAUUUGAUGACAUCAAUUGAUUCAGCUUUGAAGGCUUCUCCAGAAGAUGGUAGCAGUGAUACUGUGUCUAUAAGAAGUGAUGUUAGUUCUGACAGUGAGAACUACGUUUUAAUUAAUCUUCAAGAUCAAGAAAAGUUAGAUACAAUGUUUUCUGUCGAUAAUUCAAUUAGAAUAACAGCAGUAGAAGAAGCUAGUGAAGUAGUUGAAGAAACUCCUGAUACUCAGAGUGAAAAAUCUAUGGAUAGUGUGUGUAAACGAAAGGAUAUUGUAUCUAUGGCAACAUUUAAAUUAUCUAAAGUUGAAUUUAUUCAACAAUCUCUUGGAUAUGCAUCAUCAAUUAAAGUUCAAAUUUCAAAUAUUGGUAAUGAUGAAUGUUCAUCUAUCCCAUGGGAUGAAUUUCAGGUCAAGAGAAAGACAAAAUUCAGUGCACGAUCACGAGGUUGGGUCGAAUUACCUUCAGAUUCUAACUGUAGAUCAUGUAUUAAACUACGUUUGGAUCACGACUUAAAAUGCAAGUCAGAUUCUUGGAAAUUGUCUCAAGCAAGUCGAGCUAUAAGGAAUAAAAAUAUGCACUUAAAUCAGAAUCAAGAUAAUACAGCUGAAGAAGAGGUAGAUACUACUAUAGAUGUACAUAACAAACAAAGUGUUUUGGAUUUGUUUGAAGAUAAAUUAGAAAUUAAAGUUACUAAUGUAUCAAUGGCCUUGUCUAUGAGUUCAAUAAGUGGUCUUACAGACUUAACUGAAGAUGAAAUUAUACCUAGGCCAAUACCAUUACAGAUAUAUCUGGAGAGUAUAUCAUUGCGUUUAAAUGAAGAUCGUCCACCGAAUAAUAUAACUUCGCCAGGACCAAUUCCUAUAGAUCUGAAUAUUGCAAAGCUUAAGAUAGUACGAGAUGCAAAUGGAGUUUUUCAUAUCGAACCAGUUGUAAACCUGUUGAGCAGGAGUAAUUCCCUUGUAACACUCACAAGCAGUGAUACUCAAAUAGUCGAAAAUAUAAAUCAUGAAAUGGAACUAAAUAUUUUAAGACAGUCUAGUAAACAGUUGAAAUUAGAUAAUGAACAGCUUCGGCGUCGUCUCAAUGCUUUGGAGAAAAUAUCAGAGGAAAAUGCGAAAUUAAUACGUAUAAAAGAAGAAUCUAUUGUAAUCAAAUCUCAUUUAAGUGCAGCACAAGAAGACAUACAGCUGCUUUUGAAAGAGAAAAGAGCCUUGCAAGAAACAAUAACAGAGCUCCAAAAUCGUAUAAUUGGAAGCGGCCCAGGCAGUGCUACUCGUGCAUCUUGGUCAUCAAAGAGAUAGCAUACCAGUUGUUUUGAUUGUUCCAAAUGUUGUAGUUCGAAUAAGUCACAAUAAUAAUUUUAUUAAUUGUUACUUUUCACAUUAUUAGAAAUGAAAUUUUACAUAGUUGAAUUAAUAUGUGUUUUCAUAGCAUCUAUAUUUAACUUAAUGAGAGAAAGGUAUGUCAUACUAGAACGUUUGGAUCCUUACUAUACGAAUUUAAUAUGUUACGUUAACUUUUAAGUCUUAUAAAGGGAAAACUUGAAUAACAUAUUUAUUAUAAUAUGUUAUGGGCAAAAAUUUUCUGAGUUUACUUGUUCUUUUGUAUAUUAUUUUGUCUACCAUAUUUAUGCUAAUAAUUGCCUUUAUCUAUUCAACAGUGCAAUCAUUAAGAUAACAUUCAGUUAUAUAAGAUGCACUUAAAUGAAAUAUACUGAUUUUUACUAUGAGCAAGUACAAGGCGAUAAAUAAUGGCAAUAGUAGUCAGUGUUUAGCAUUUUCAUUAAUAAAACAAAUGAAGAAAAGAUUGGUGGAAUGAAUAUUCUGGAUACAUACAUGUGUAUUUAUUAUAUGCGAUAAUACACGUGUUAAAACGUGAUGUAUAUAUGAGGUUGUUAAUAUUUUUGCGCGCGCGCCCACACACACACACACACACACACACACACACACAAAAUUGGUUAUAUAUAUUAAUAUAUAAUAUAUUAAUUAAUAGAUAAUAUAAUAUAAUUAUAUAAUUUAUUAUUUAUAUUUAAUAUAUGAUUAUUAAUUAUAUAUUAAUAUUAAUAUAUUAUGUAUAUAAUAUAUAAAUAUUAUGUAAUAUUUAUAUAAUAAUAUAUUAAUAUGUAUAUAUAUAUAUAUAUUUGUUGCAUAUAUAGAUAUAAAACGUACAUGAUAGAUUAUAGUAUGCCAGUCAAAUUAUUGCAAUAUAUGUUUGGUUUUAUAGUAGUGGUCGUUACCUAGUAUGAAAACAGAGAAUUGAAUAUAAAUUUUUUACCAAUGCUUUUUGUUCUUCUCAUCGUAAAUAUUCAGACGAAUUUCAUAGGCAACUUUUAACAGAAUGGGAGAAUACAGUAAAGUAAUAUAAUAAAUGUAAGAUAUUAAUGGAUAUUGAAUGAUAAAUUAUUUGAGCCUACCAGAUAGAUUGUCUAGCUUAAAAUCACUGAAGAACGAUUGUUCGUAUUAAUGUAUAUGUAUAAGAUGUGUAUAAGAGUGAAUACAUGUGAUUUAAUAAUCAGUUACGUGAUAAAAAUAAAACUGACUAUAAUAUACAAUAUACAAUGAUAAUCUAGAAUGUUUUGAUAAGACUGUAAAACUGAUGUUAUUUCCUGUGUCAUUUCCUGUAUUUCUAUUAAACUGAAGAUAUGCAUUGAUUGAUAUUUAUCUUUGGAAAUGAAUAAUAUUGAACUACAUUAAACCAAAAUUAAUAGUGUAUUAUAAUGGACUAAUAAUUUUGUCAUAUUGUAUGUUGUGAUAUCUUGACAUUUUAUCAUUGUAUGUUACAAUAAAUUUAAUUUCCAGGAUGGGUUGCUGGCCAAUCCUUUUGUUACGAAACAAUGAGGUAUUUUUCUAAUGUGUAUUAAUGGCAAUUGCUAAUUAGAUUCUUUUUUAUUUUAAAAUUCUUAUGUUUUUCAAAUAAAACGAAAACAAAAACAGUUUUUUCCACUAUAACAAAUUUAUUAAAUUCAGUGUGUUUUUUAAGAAUAAAAAAGUAAAAUAAAAUUUUUUAAUUAAUUCACAUUAAUAUGAGAUGUUGGAAGAAUAAUUUUUUUACACUUAAGUAUUAUGUAGAACAUAAAAGUCUUGAUUCUUUGUAUAAUAUUUGUUUACUUAGUCAGGAAUAUUUAACUAUUCGAUUAGAUUAAAAUUUUUAUAUUUUAUUUCUAUGAUUAAAUGUAAGUUCUACUUAUUAUGUUUUAUUUUUUAAAAUGAUAUAUUUCUGAAAUCUUGUAUUUAAAAUUUUGUAAUAAAUUUUUAUGAUUAAAGAAUUUUUUAUUGUGUUUAUUAUAAUAUGCUAAAUGAAAAUAUUUUGGGACAUGACCACAGAAUCAUAUAUAGGGAAAAAUUUGAGUCUAUUAUGAAAAUAUAUUAUAUGUUACAUAUAUUAUAGUGGAAUGAACUGUAUAUUUAUAGUUGUCUGUACAUAUCUUACAUAUGUGGGUAUGUAAAAAAAUUAACCGCAAGAAUUUUAGAUGUUCACAUCACAUUUAAACAUUGAUAUGUUCUUAUAAUCUAUGUCUUACAACGGAACAUUCAAGUUUUAAUUUAAUUAUAAUAAAUCUUUACUUUCUUAUUAUACAAUUAUGUACUUUUAGUCCUUGAAAGAAUAAUGCUUGAAUCUUUUAAAUAUUAUAUAUUUGUUACAUUGUAAUAUUGUAUAAUUUUAUCAAAUAUGUUUGUUAAAAAUGUUAAUUUAAAAUGCUUCUUUUUCAUUGUUAUUGUAUUUUGAUUUCUGCAAAUAUCUUUAUUGAAAACAGUAUUUAUAUUGUUGUAUAUAAAGCAUAUAUUACUUCUAAGCUUUAUAUGUUAUUUAAUAUGCAAAGAAUUAAAAUUUUAUGAUUGAAUACGUUAUCUUUAUAACAAAAUAAAAUUUAAGACGUUAUUUUAAUGAUUUUAAAAUAUUUAUUUUGAUAAAUUAUUUUUUCCACUCAGUCGACUUAAUUACACAUUGUUCAAAUUUCUGUUUCCUCUUUAUAUGAAUAUUUUAGGAUGUAACUAUUAUAUUGUUAUGAAUAAAUUAUGCCACUUUCGAUGAAUGUAUGUUAAAAAAAUUAUUAUCUUGCAGUAAUUCUGUGAUAAUUAUAGUAUUUAAGUGACUAUAUUUCAAAAUUUAACUUUAUUUGUUAAAUUUUAGCUUAAGAAACACAUUAUUUUAAAUAUUAUAUAUAUUUAUUCAAACAUAUAAUUUUUAAAUGCAAUUAUUUUGUAAUUUUGUAAUCAAAUAAUGUAUAAUACAGGUAAUAUACUUAAUAUUGACGUUAAGUAUUAAAAGUGUAUAUUUAUAAAAUCAUUUGUAAAAAUAUUAUAUGCUAGUAUCUCUACUAUACAAUUUGUGACUGUUAUAUUACUUUAAAUAUGCAAUUAAAUUGUAAAUCAUUAA